ACAUGAGCCAAAGUGUUGAUGCGGAUAUUUUUCACAAGUUUUCCCGUGGAAAUUCAAACGUAAUCGUUGUGCAAAUACAGUGAAAAGGUUUCGAGACAAGUGUUUAGUUGAGGGAAAUAGUAGAAAAUGGCAGGUGCACUCUCUCCGGACGACAUGUGGAGCCCCUUCAAGACGCUCUACCAGACUGUGGAGCAGCAUCUGGCAAACCCUCAAGCGGAGGGAAAUUUCGGUGAUUUGGAAGCGGCGCUACAGAGACAUCGGCAGAACUUCAUUUCCCUGCUGAAAAAUCCUCCGCGCGAUGCCAAGAGUCGCGAGGAUUUGCUGCGGGGAGUUUCUGAGGGAAUCACACUUCCGGAUGUUGGGCAUAUUGUGCUGUCCAAAGAUCUGGUGGACGAGAGCAUCAUCAUUUCGGAUAUGUUCGACCUGAAUGAGUAUUUCGCGCUGCAAUUGCUGUGCACGGCACAGCAGCAGAUGCCCAACAAUCCGGGACUCACGAGGGGCCUUGUGGCUGUCCUCCUGUACUACGAUGGCCGGAAGGCGCUGGUGUCCACGCUGAAGGAGCUCUUCCAGGCCAGAGUGGGUGUCUCCUGGUGUGCCGAGAUCUCACCGGAACUGCUGCAACUUGUGACGCAGUACACGGACUUACUGGUGAACUAUGACAUCCUGCUAAAGAUCCUGGACCUGUUGGAAAUGCUUGAUUUGUCCAAGGAGAUAGAGAAAUUGUCAGCAAACCGCGCUCUCGGAUCUCCGAAGCACUAUCGCCAGAUUCUGGAUCUGUUCGAAGACAUCCGGAUGAUCUUGGCCACUUGUCUCUUCAAUUGGUCCGCUCAGUGCGGAUUGUCAGAGACAGUGACGCUCCGGCUGAUUGAUUAUCUCGCGAAGUACGAGCUAAAUGGUCCAAGAGGAGGAAUAGACGACGUCACACUGACUCUGAUGAUGACUUUGCUCUACGCAUUCGAUCUCAGCGUGCUGCAGAAGCGUGAGGAUGGCGAGGAGAUCGUGAAGAAUCUCCCGAUAAUCGCCAAUGAGAACUACAUUUCCACCGUCAUGGACGUCCUCACGAAUCGCUGGGAGUGUGAGGGUUUGCGAGCUGUGGCGCAGUUCUCUCUGGGUCUCGCCAUGGCCACUCUUCGUCUGGCGCCGCAGAAUCUCCAGCCGCACUCCGUGAGCGCCGUGGAUCACGACGAAAUGCUGGUGAAUGAGGCAAUCAAAGGCAAGGUGUUUGACUUCCUCUACCACGUCGUGCUGGAGAAUGAGUUGUGCUUCAAGAUGGAGUUCUUCAUCAGGCGCUUCCACAUCCUCGUCACGGACUUUGUGGAGUUGAUGCACUCCAAGGUGACGGAAUUGCGCGCCAGUGCCGAUGACACGGCCAGAACUGUUCAGGGAUACCAGGACAAUGGCAUUGAGCCACCGACUCAGAUCAGCCGGGACUUUGAGAUGCUUUUGCUGAUUGUGGGCAAGCUGUACGCCAGCGAUCAGCUGACAUUGUGUCUCUGUCUGGAGUAUUGGGGUCCCGUGGAGACAGGCAGUAACUAUUUGCGCUCAUCCUCACGAUCGGUGUCACUGUUCAAGUUCGUGCGCCUCGCCGGUGAGCUUCUGCCGCCUCUCCUGUUCGUGCCCUACUUGAAGAUGCUGGCCGGCCUGUCCAGCUGCGAACAGUCGGCGAGGAACACCUUCAAUCUGCUGAAGCAGGGCUCGUCGAUCUCCGGACGAACUGCCAUCACGUGGGAUCACUUCUUCAACUCCUUCACGCAGUACUACACGAACCUGAGGCAGGAGCAGAAUCCCAGCAUGGAUACUGUGUACAGGAAUCGCGCCCUGAAUCGCAACAUCAGUCCGCAGGAGAUCAUGGGACUUCAGGCGGUGCUGGAGCUGGUCAGAGCGGUGGCGGACAAUGAUGAGAUGGCGAGGAUCACCAUUUGUGAGCAGAGCACUUGGUCGCCGCUGCAGAUAAUGGUGGGAUUGGUGGGAUGCAGUGUGAUCAUUCCGCUGAAGACGGACUUCAUCAAGACUCUGGCUUCCCUGAGCAAGUCACGCGAGACGGCUCUGCAGCUGUGGAAUUGCCUGGAAGUGUCACAGAUCAUUCACACAAUUCCCUCCACGGCGCAAUUCCACAAUCAGGGCAUUGAGACGGAGAUUGAGCAGAAUGAGAGUCGAAAUGAAGUGUAUCCACUCACUCAGGCCAUCCUGGAGCUACUCUACACGCUCACCAAGACGGCGAUCCCAAAGAAUCUGGGCGCAGGCACGAGAAAGCCCGGUUUGGAUCCGUACUUCACCUUUGUGGUGGACAAAGUGUUCCUCAGGUUCUUCAACAGGAACUACAAAGAGCCCGCUGAGCUGUGGGAAGUGGCUGAGCGAUGUCUGAGGAUUUUGGAUCUCUUCCUGGAGACGUACGAAGUCAAUCCGACGGACUUCACGCAGGAGACACGCAAUGAGAAUCCACCGCCGGGCUUUCACGUGAUGGUGCAGAUGAACACGAAGUCUGACACGCUGAAGCUGAUCCUGUUCAUUGUGGACAGAGUGGUGAAUGAACUGGACAAGUAUGCCAAUAUUCCGGGAAAGAAGGCGUUAGAGAUGAGUGCUCUGCACUGUCUGAAUAUCAUUGAGAGGAGUUUGGCGCUGCAAGAGCUCUUCUUCGAUGCCCACUCCGUGGCCAAUAGUUCACUGUUGCUGGCUGGAAUCAACAAACUCCUGCUGGGCGUGAAUGAGCGCACUGGGAAGCCUGAUCACAUGCUGAGGAUCACGAAGUUUGCCACAUACAGAAUGUGGCUGCCGAAGCACACUCUCCUGGCCGUGAGAAUCAUCAGCAGAGUGUUGAGACAGCCCAAUGUGAAUGGUCAUCUGUUGGGGAUCUUCACAAUGACAGAGAGUCUCAAGAAUGAGAUUCGCCAUGGAUUUGUGGAAUGUCUGGAGAAUGAGAGUGGCGGAGAUACGGAUGACAGAACGGUGGAUCUGGAGAUCAAGGAGGCCAUCAUGAAUCUGUUGUCAGAGUGUCUUCCACAGUCGGCGCCCAAUGUUGCUCACUAUCUUCUGGGUUUUGACAUCACGAAGGACAUCAGAGCCACGCGUUUGCAGCAACCUGGUGUCAUGGGACAGACGAGUAUGUGUACGAAAUCUCUGGUGAAGAUCUUGGAUGCCAAUCUGGAGAUGAUCAAGGCCAGAAUCACCACAGAUGCGCUGCAGGAGAAAUUAAUUGAGACUGCGUAUGGAUUGCUGUAUGCUUUGUGUCACAAUCCAAAGACGUCGGAAGUCAUCUUGCGCUUCCUGAGAUCCUGUGGUGACUUCCUCUGUCGUCACUUAUCAGCACUGCCCUUUCCCAAUGUCCAGAGUCCGCAGGUGUUGAGUCAAAUGACUGGACUUCUGAAGUCUGUGGCCAUUGAGCUGAAGAUCACGGCGGAGAACAAUCAGGUGACGCUGUUCUCGCAUCUGAGCAAGAUUCUGCUGGGCCACAGCUUGAGUUCUCACCAGGAGUCAAUGAUGAUGGACAUGGCGUUGGUGACGAACGGCAAUUCGUCGCCGCACGGCAUAAGUGACUCGGAGCAGAGAUUGCUGCUCGGACAGCUGUUUGAGUGUCUGGAUUUCGAGGUGAAGACCAUCGAGAAGCCUAAGUGGAAUGUCUACGACAGUGCCCAGAUCGCACUGCUGCUGCAGAACUGUGAGAUCGCGGUGAGUGGCGUGGGAGCGAAGUUGAUAGACAUCAAGAAGCUGAAUGACAUCCUCAGGGAUGACUUCAGCACGGUGCAGAGCACAAUUGCCGCCGGCCAGAGACAGUCUGUGGUGCAGGAGAUUGAGUCCAUUUUGCUGUACGCGCUGCAGAUCAACAGCCACAAGAAGGGAGCGGCGUGCACGGCGCGCUUUCUGGAGGCCUGGGGUCAGGUGACGGAGAUUCUGUUCAGUGUGGCGCCAACACUGGCGCUCAGUGUAGACACGAAGCAGGGCCUGAUCCUGGACAUUCUGCAGAUCAUCCUGAAGAAGGUGGUGCAUGUGGAAAUUGUGGCCGAACUGGCGAAUCUCUGCUCGUCCACAGUUCUUCUCCUCCUGGUCAAUUUGAGACUUUGCUACAUGAUCACCGCCAAGGAGACGAGCAAGCAGACUGCCGUGCAUUUCUCCCUGAAGACAAACACGCUGAACUACAAGUUCAUCCUUGAGUCAAUUGUGGAAUGGAUUAUUGUGUCUGGCGUGGCGUCGCAGAAGCUGAGGAUUAAUCUGUAUGCGUCUCUGCUGAACUUCAUGCACAUCAUCAAGGGUGGCACGAAGAAGAAGGAUGCUGAGCUGCUUGGAGAGCACUAUGUCAGUCGUCUGGACAGGAGUGUGAGGCGUUUUGAGGAUCAGCGAGCACAAGAGGAUGAGGUGAACUACAAUCAGAUCACUUUUGAUGUCUUCUCGACAUGUGGCGACAAGCUGAUUGACAUUCUGUGCCAUGAUGGAUCAGGAGGACACGAUAUUUGCCGGAUGCUGGCACUCUCCUGCAUCGACAUGCUCCUGGACAUGGACAGCAUGAGCACGUGCAUCCAAUUCAUCUCGCGCAGAGGAUAUUUGGCGCACAUCAUCGACAGCCUGAUGAAGUCCGAUGACCAGCUGUGUCACGUGCUGGAGACAAUGCCGGACAACUUGAAGGCUCUGUACGUGUAUGAGUCGAAGAUGGCGAUGCUCUCGCGCGUGGGAUGUUCCUAUGCUGGUGCUGAACUGCUGCUGGAGCACCAAAUCCUGGGCGUGCUGUCGGGAAUGCGAGUUCUUGAUCUGCAUCCGGACUUCCAGAAUAGCGCCACAGUUGCCAAUAUGUUCUCCGCUCAGGCGGCUUUUGUGCCACCAAUUGAGAAGCGCUAUCAGCAAAUUCUCCUGCCGGCUCUCAAUGUGUGCGACGUGAUUCUGUCCACACUCGGUCCGGAGAAUAGAUCCGUUGUGGCUCAGGUGGCGCACUUUCUCUUCUCACACGGUGACAUGAUUGAGUUUGUGCUGCGAGCGGGCACGCCUUUCCUCAGUUUGGGACUUCUGAAUGAGCUGUCGGUGCUGACGGGACUCGUGGCCAGGACCGCCAGCAAUGCUCUAGUCACCGAGGUGAAUUCCAAUCAAGAUUUGGCGGCGCAAUUGUAUCGGCUGCAGAAGCAAAUGAUGACACUCUUCCCGCGCUUCAUUCUCAGUGAAUCUGUGCUGAAGAAGAUCAAUGAAUGCCAAUCCAUGGAGGGCAGGAAGAUCAAGCACAUCCGACUGUUCCUGCAGAUUACGGCCAAUUUGACGCUUUACGCGAGAAAUGCCAUUUCCAAUCAUUCUGCCGAUCAUCGAGCGACGGGAAUUCUUUUCUCGCCAAACAUCAGCGAAGGCAUGCAAUCCUUCGAUGGGCGCAACAACACGCUAGAAGUCUCACCAAAUCUGGGAAUUAUCAUAACGCAGCUCAAGUGUAUCGUGCAGCAUUACAGGCGAGAGAAUGGCGUGUACAAGAAUCUUCAGCAGCAAUGGAAUUCCAUGACCACAUUCGCUCUGGACAACAAAGCCCUCCAGUACUACACUAACAUGAAGGACAACAUCAAGCAGAAGCAGGAGGAGUUGAAGCUCUGCAUUUUCAUUGCUGAACACUGUCUUUACCUCCUGUGGGCGCAUCUGGAUUUCUACAUGUUGCGAGCUCUGCCUGUCGAUACGCUGCAGAUCAACAAUAACUGGACGAGCGGGAGUGAAGGAAUCGUCACAGCCUCGGAGGCGGGAUGGAAGGUCACAGCGGAGAAUAUUGCAGGUCUCAAGAGGAGUCUCAUAUCCGUCCUCACGGAGGAUUUCUGCAAUCAAAUCAUCUUGAUGGCUUCUGAGCAAUCAUCCGCCGAGAAGACGUUCUCAGACGCCUUGCUGCGUCGCAUUAAGCGACUCAUUCAAUUUGUUCCCGUGAAGUAAUUCAAUUUAUAUAAAAGUUGUUCUUUUUCAAUAAACAUUAAUAAAUUU